GUGAGAUCGGCUUCGGGCGGCGGGUAUGAAGGAUGGAGUCAGCCUGUUAUAUUCAAUCACAGCCCUAUCCGGGUGGCCUAGUGCCCGAACCCGCCCGGAGCGUAGCCCCCAGUCCGACCAAGACGAUCCGGGACCCCCUGAGCGGCCGGAGCUACACCCGAGGGCGUCUGCUGGGCAAGGGCGGUUUUGCGCGAUGCUACGAGAUGACGGACGUUCUCACCAACAAGUGCUACGCGGUGAAGGUCAUUCCGCACAGCCGGGUCGCCAAACCUCACCAGCGGGAGAAGAUCGUCAAUGAGAUUGAACUCCAUCGUGAGCUCCACCACAAGAACGUCGUGAAAUUCUCCCACCACUUCGAGGACGGCGAGAACAUUUACAUCUUCCUGGAGGUCUGCAGCCGCAAGUCCUUGGCUCAUGUCUGGAAGGCUCGGCACACUCUGCUGGAACCCGAGGUCCGGUUUUACCUGCGACAGAUCAUAUCGGGCCUGAAGUACCUGCAUGUCAGAGGCAUCCUGCACCGCGACCUCAAGCUGGGUAAGGGAACGCCGCGCGGCCGUCAAUAUCCACAAUCUGAUCGUUUUGAGAUGUAUAAACGUCUAACGAUCUGCGGCACCCCCAAUUACCUGGCGCCCGAAGUCCUCUACAGACAGGGUCACGGCCCGGAGUCGGAUAUCUGGUCGCUGGGAUGCGUCAUGUACACGUUGCUCUGCGGCACGCCGCCUUUCGAGACUUCCGACUUAAAGGAGACGUACCGCUGUAUCAAGCAGGUGAAGUACACGCUGCCCGCCUGCCUCUCCUCCUCUGCCAAGCAGCUCAUUAUGGGGGUCCUGAAGCGCAAUCCCAGCGAGCGGCUGACAUUGGACCAGAUCCUGGAUCACGAAUUCUUCACCAAGGGUUACACUCCAGACAGACUGCCCCCCAGUAGCUGUGUGAUGGUCCCGGACCUGCACCCCCCAAACCCCGCCAGGAGCCUCUUCGCCAAAGUCGCCAAGAGCCUUUUUGGGAAAGGCAAAUCAAAAGCAAAGAAAGCUUCCUCCGAGGACAAGGAUGACAUCUCCAAACUGGUGACGGGUUUUGUGAAGUCCUCAAUCUGCCGGCAGCUCAGCUACAAGACUGUGGAUGGGACUGAGGUUUUGCCAGUUGCUGGUCACGCUCUCACCGGUAGCUGCAGCCCCGUGGAAACACUAACCGAAGAGGCUUCUGGGAAAUCUGUGUCCAGAUCUAUUCGUGGCAGUCUGGUCAGCAGCGAUGCGUUAGAAGACUGUAUCACGGCGUCCGGUGUCAUGGAAACUGCCCUCGAGGUUCUCAAAGAUUGCCUGUCCUCUAUGCCAACAGGUGAAGGUCUGCCGACUCCCCUCUCCCGACACGACAACUUUGUGUGGGUGAGCAAAUGGGUGGAUUACUCCAACAAGUACGGAUUUGGCUAUCAGCUGUCCAACCGCUGCAUUGGCGUCCUCUUCAACAACGGGACCCACAUGGUGCUGCCAGCGAAUCGCAGGUCACGGUCACCUCUCAUUACUCGGAGAGAGUUACUGGAAUGCGAAGGAGGGAAACCUGCCGGGCAGAGUUUUUUUUUGAUGGGACGUUUUAUGAGGUUGAAAGUCGGCGUUUUGACUCACCGAGAUUUCUCUGUUCAGGGCGGAGACCUUCCGUGUCACGAGGAGACGGCGCAGCCGCUGCUUCUGCUGCUGCAAUGGGUGAAGACGGAGCACGCGCUGCUGAUGCUUUUCAACAAUGGAACGCUGCAGGUGAAUUUUUACAACGACCACACUAAGCUGAUCCUCAGCAAGCCGCACGAUGCGCACCUCCUCACCUACAUAAACCGGGAGCGCAAUUCCCAGACGUUCCCGCUCAGCUCGCUGGUGGAGAGCGGCUGCAGCCUGGAUAUGUACCACCGCCUGAAAUACACCCUCAAGCUGCUGCAACAGAAAGCGCAGUCCUAAAUGCGGAGCCG